AUGAACUCGCCGCUGGCGUCCGUCCGGAUCGGUGUCUUCCCAGACGAGUUCGUGGCGGCGGCAGCGGACCCGGCGGUGCUCGACCAGUUCCGCGCCACCGUCCGGGAGCUAAAGAAGGCGUGGGCGACCAUCCACCACAGCCACGGCGUGACCAUCUUGACCGAGAUGCUGCUAAACGCUGAGCGGUAUGGCGGGCUGGACGAGUACAGCUACGAGGUGCAGAUCGCCUUGUCCUUGCCCAAGCUGGGGUACUCAAGCGCCGAGUUGCUGGCGAGCCAGGUCGUUCGGGGGUAUGCCACCACCCGCCUUGUGAACAAGUUGUUCCAGAACGUGGACGUCGUUCUCACGCCCACGACAGCAACACCGGCCCGCAUCGAUCCUGCCUUCUUGACGCAUGGUCUGUCGGAUAUUACCACCACGUUGGCCCUCAUGCGCUUCAUCUUGGCGGGCUACAUUUCUCAAGGACUCCCGAUGUCCAUGCUUGUCCAAGCCGACCACUGGAACGAGCACAUGUGUCUGCAAGUUGCUCGCAAACGAAGCCAUGAGUCCGCUGGCUGCAGCAACCCACGGCAUAUCAUUACGAUACUCUCGCGGCCGCUGAACAAUUGCAAACCCAACGUCGCCACACAGAACUAA